CUGUGCAUGAGCGGGAGAGGAGGAAAACUCAGAAGGAACUGGCUUGAUCUCAACAAACUCUUUUUUGCUCCCAAAGCCUUUUUCCUCUGACCCGGCUGAGACUGUUGAUCUAAGUGGAGACCCCUCAGAUUCAGCGAGAACACCCGCCUGUCCUCAGAGGCCGGAUGCUAAGCAGCCACAGCUGCUCUGAAGCCCCUCCAUGAAUCCCCGGAAGAAGGUGGAUUUGAAGCUCAUCAUCGUCGGAGCCCUGGGUGUAGGAAAGACCUCCCUCCUCCACCAAUAUGUGCACAAGACCUUUUUUGAGGAUUAUCAGACCACGCUAGGGGCCAGUAUCCUCUCCAAGAUUAUCAUACUGAAUGACACAACUUUGAAGCUACAGAUCUGGGACACAGGUGGCCAGGAGCGAUUCCGCUCCAUGGUGUCCACAUUCUACAAAGGCUCCGACGGCUGCAUCCUGGCUUUUGAUGUCACUGACCUGGAGUCCUUUGAAGCUCUGAAUACCUGGCGGGGUGAUGUUUUGGCCAAAAUCAUUCCAACGGAGCAGUCCUACCCCAUGGUGGCGCUGGGGAACAAGAUCGAUCUGGAAGACCGGCAGGUGCCACAGGAGGUAGCCCAGGACUGGUGUAAAGAGAAGAAUAUUCCCUACUUUGAAGUCAGUGCCAAGAAUGACAUCAACGUGGUACAAGCCUUCGAGAUGCUGGCCAGCCGAGCUCUGUCCAGGUAUCGGAACACAGAGAACUACCUCACAGACUCCAUCAAGCUCUCGCCAGAAGACCAGACCAGGAGAAGAUGCUGCUGACCUCCCAGCCUCCCUCUCUGGACACCAGAGACUCGGCGUGCCCUGGGCCUGGUCAUCCCGGCCUCCAACAGCUGCACCGCCCGCCCAGGCUCGGCCCAGGCGCUGUGGCAGGGCCCUGGCCCCUUGUGUCUGUGCUGGGCCCAGAAUCAGAGGGCGACCUCUCCCUUGGGCUGAGCUGAGAGAAGUGAGCACAGGGCUGGGUCCUGGGAAUCCUGAUGAGACUCAAUGUCACUGUGAAAUCCUGGCCUGGAGGCGUCACCAUUUCCUCACUGGCUCAGCUUUCCUGCUCCCUCCCCCCACC